AUGGAGGUAGAGCGAACGGCGAAGUCGACAGAGGUGAAAGCUGCGCUGAGGAGGAGACAAACGGCGGAGACGACGACAAGGUGGACAGCGACUCUGGCAUCGCGGACAGUGACGGCUACAUUGAGGAGGCGGAGAGGAGAGUUGAAAAAUGCAGAUUCGCUAAUUUGCACAUCAAUAUUUGCAGGUUCAGCUUGGACAAUACUAUCAAGAUCAUUUGCAGAGUACUGCUUAGUUGGUUGGGACAACCUACCAAGGACUCUUCUCCUCUACUACACAAAUUUUGUCUCCUCUCCGGAGGGAUACUUCCAGACCCUCAUAUGCAACUCCCAGGACUACAAGAACACCACGGUGAACCACGAUCUACAUUACAUCACUUGGGAUAAUCCUCCAAAGCAACAUCCCAGGUCCCUCGGACUCAAAGAUUACAGAAGAAUGGUCCUAAGUAGCCGUCCAUUCGCCAGGAAAUUCAAGCAAAAUGACCCGGUCCUUAACAAGAUAGACCGCGAUCUUCUCAAGAGGCGUCGUGGACAAUUCUCAUAUGGGGGUUGGUGUUCUAAGGAUGAAAUUGGAAAGUCACAUGGUACGUGUCCGGGUUUGGAGAGUGAGAAAUAUGGUGUUUUAAGAACUGGGACGGGGUCGAGGAGGUUGAGAACUUUGCUGACAAAACUGUCGUCUGCCCAGAGCUUUAAUAAGCGGCAAUGUAAAUGAUUUUUUGAAACUGUGUGAACGAAUAAAAGCCGAGGAUAAUGUUAAAAGUACCCGGUAUACUGUGGGAAGGGUAAGUAGUUAGCCAUUGAAAUUGUUUGUACAAUUAGGUGGUUGAAAAGAUGUUAUGAUAUCUUCAUUGUGAAAUUUCACAAUUUUUCAGAAGAGAGCUGGUUAUGGGUUGUAAUGUUUCCCUUGUACCUAUAGAUAUGUGAUUUUUUACUUUGUAUUUCAAUAUAUUUG